GCAUGGAGAUUGUUAGUCUAAUUGUCGGAAUAGUUGACAAGUAUGCAGUUGAACCAGUUAUACGCCAAGUGGGUUACCUAACUCACUGCAGAAGCAAACUUGACAAACUACGGACUCAAGUGAACGAAUUAAGUGCCGCUAGAGAGGGGCUAGCGCUUGAGGUUGUUCGAGCUGAAGAAAGAGGUGAAAAAAUCCGAACUGACGUCCAGAACUGGCGGAAAGACGCGGAUAAGAUCACCGAGGUGGCGAACGAAUUAUGGAAGCCUGAUACGCAAGCAAAGAUGAGCUGUCUCCGUGGGGUUUGUCCAAACCCGGUGCUCCGUUACAAGCUAGGCAGGAGAUCAACAAAGUUGAAGCAGGCGGUUGUUGAACUCUACGCAAAAAAAGAUUUCGCUAUAAUUUCGGACAAUGUCCGCCCACAAGAUGUAUCCGUGGUAUCUGACAAACAUUAUGAGCCAUUUGAUUCGAGGACUUUAACUGUCAAGAAGAUCAUGGAUGAACUGAGAAUUCCUAAUACCGACCUGAUUUUGGUGUAUGGUAUUGGAGGCGUGGGGAAGACCACACUGGUUGAAGAGGUCCUUAGGCAAGCUGUAAAAGAAAAGUUAUUUGCUGAUGCGGUUAUGGUAAGAAGUGUGCAAAAUCCGGACCCUGAAGGAAUUCAAAAAGAAAUUGCCAUAAAAUUGGGUAUGGAAGUUAAAGAAAGCGAAACUAUGUCAAUAAGAGCACCUCGUCUAUGUGACAGGGUAAAAGACAAGAAAGUUCUUGUAAUUUUAGACAACAUUUGGGAAAGCAUUGACUUGGAGGCGGUAGGACUUCCUUGUCUGCCGAAUUGUAGAAUACUUUUGACAUCCAGAACUCGAAAACUGCUAUCCUCAGAGAAGCGGUUGCAAAAAGACUUUGAGCUUCGAGUUUUAAACGAGAAAGAAGCUUGGCGUUUAUUUGAGACGAAAGCAGGUGAUGUUGUUAAAAAUCCCGACAUACGAACUGUGGCAACCGAUGUAGCCAAAAAAUGCGGAGGUUUGCCACUUUUGGUUGUCACAGUCGCAAGCUCUUUAAGAAAUAGAAGUACUUUACCAGUAUGGAAGAAUGCCUUCAGUCGCCUAAAAGUGUUUGACAACGAAGACUCAGCCGGACAAGAAGCAUACUGGGCCUUAGAGUGGAGUUACAAUCAAUUGGAUGAUCAAAAGCUGAAGUCACUAUUCUUGAUCUGUGGAAUUGUGGUAAAUCGUUGGGGACACGCUCGUCUGACAGACUUGUUGAAAUAUACAAUUGGUUUGGGUUUGUUUAAGAACAUCGAUUCAGUGGAGGACGCACGAUAUGCAUUGCACACGUGGAUUGAAGAGCUGAAAGAUGCUGGUCUGUUACUCGACUCCGAGGACAAAACAUCAAUCACGAUGCAUGAUUUGUUAUGUGAUGUUGCCAUCUCGAUUGCAUCCAAAGGCCACCGUGCCUUAAUAAGAGCAAAAGGAGUCUUGAAGGAAUGGCCAAACAAUAAGGAAUUUUCUGAAAAUUGCACAAUUAUCUCUUUGUCUUGCACAAACAUCCUUACGCUUCCUGAAGUUUUGAAAUGCCAACAACUGGAGUUUUUUCAUUUGUACUUUAAUGGUGACUUGCUUGAAAUCCCAGGUAACUUCUUUGAGGAGAUGAAAGAGCUUAAAGUUAUGGAUUUAACCAAUGCGCAUAUUUCGUCGCUGUCUCCGUCUCUUCAUCUCCUACAAAAUCUUCGGACACUGUGUUUGGAUCAUUGCGUGUUGGAAGACAUAGCUCUAGUCGGACAGCUAUCGCAACUAGAAAUUCUCAGCUUUAUAAAUUCCGAGUUAGAUUUGCCUGAAGAAAUAGGGAAAUUGACUCGUCUUCGACUGCUGGAUUUAAGCCGCUGCUCUGAACUCAAAGUGAUUUCACCUAAUGUUAUAUCACGUUUGACAAGUCUAGAAGACUUGAGAAUGGAAAAUAGCUUCAACGGAUGGGUGCCCGAAGGAGUAAGCGGAGAAAGAAGUAAUGCUAGCCUUUCAGAACUGAAGGACUUGCCUCAUUUAGCUGCACUAAGUAUACAUGUUCCAGAUGCUGGCAGUAUUCCGACGGACUUGUUCACUGACAAGUUAAAAAGAUACCAAAUAUUAAUCGGCACUCGUAGGCGGAAAUGGUACGAUGUGGAUGAAACCCUCAACACAUUGAAGCUAAAGCUCCCAACUGGCUGUGAAUUGGACCAUGGUCUAGAAAUGUUGUUGAAGGGAUCAUGUGAAGAUUUGUAUUUGGAUGGGUCGGCGGGAGCGGAUAAUGUUGUGCACCACUCAGGUAGUGAAGAUUUUCAACAACUCAAGCAUCUCCACGUCGAAUACAAUGCCCAAUUUACACAUAUCAUUACUGAAGAGGUUGUGUUGCCCAACUUAACAAGCUUGAUGGCGUGUCAUUGUAAUAGUUUAACUUUUGCGUUAUCGUCUUCCAUGGCUAGAAAUCUUGUACAACUUCGAAAACUUAAGAUAACCAGAUGUGAAUCAAUGGAAGAGAUAGUUUCGACAAAAGAAUACGGUGAAGAAAAAACAGAUGGCAUGUUUUGUAAGCUACAACAUCUGGAGCUAGGAGAUCUUCCAAAACUCUCUAGAUUCUGCUCAGCAAGCUGCGAUGUCCAGUUUCCGUCUUUGGAGAGUUUGGAAAUUCAUAAUUGUGAAGAACUGAAGGGAUUUGUCUUUGAUCCUAAACCUGAGACCGAAGAAGUAUACUUUCUUUUUGACGACAAGGUUGUGUUGCCCAACUUAACAAGCCUGGAGGUGCAUGGUUGUCAUCUUUUAACUUUUGUGUUAUCGUCUUCCAUGGCUAGAAAUCUUGUACAACUUCAAAAACUUGAGAUAACCAUAUGUGUAUCAAUGGAAGAGAUAGUUUCGACAAAAGAAAAUGGUGAAGAAAAAACAGAUGUCAUGUUUUGUAAGCUACAACAUUUGGAGCUAGAAUAUCUUCCAAAACUCUCUAGAUUCUGCUCAGCAAGCUGUAAUGUCCAGUUUCCGUCUUUGGAGAGUUUGAAACUUUUUGAGUGUGGAGAACUGAAGGGAUUUGUCUUUGAUCCUAAACCUGAGACUGAAGAAGUAUACUUUCUUUUUGACGACAAGGUAGGCUUUCCAAAGUUGGAGAAAUUGUCCAUCUGCGGGCUAUCUAUUUCGACUACAGUAUGGCACAACAAACUUGAUCCAGGCUCUUUCUACAAACUUAGAGAUGUUGACGUUCAUCUCUGCGGUAGACUAAUAAGCAUCAUUACACCUAGUAUUGCAGGGAGAUUGAAUGCUUUAAGAAGAUUAUCGAUAAGUGGGUGCAAUCGUUUAGAGGUGGUUUUUGAGAUCAAAGAAACACCAGACACGUCUACGACUCAGUUGAAAAUGUCUGGUUGUGAAAAUCUAGAUUCAGUAUUGAUAAACGAGUGUGAGAAAUUGAAAUAUAUUUUUCCAUGCUCAAUGGCUAGAGGUCUUCAGCAACUACGAGUCCUGAGAGUGGAUGGUUGUGAUGGAAUGGAGGAAAUCGUUUCCAAGGAAGAGGGACUAGAAAUGAUGCCUAAGUUUGUGUUUCCAAAAGCAACAAAUAUUGAAUUUGAAUAUCUAACCCAACUUAAGAGCUUCUAUCCAGGAAUCCAUGCUUCCGAAUGGCCGCUGCUCGAAAAAGUGACGGUGAAGGGAUGCGGGAAAUUGGAUAUUUUUGCCACUGAAAUUUCAAGUUUCCAGAAGCAUGAGUUUGGCGGUCUUUACACUCCAAUUAAACACUCUCUCUUCUUAAUUGACAAGGAUGUAUCAUUCCCCAACUUGGAAACGAUGGCCUUAGACAGAGACAUGGAGAUAUGGUGCGGUCCAUCCACAUCACAGUUGUUUAGGAAACUAAAAUCGUUGACGUUUGCGCGGGGCCAGAAAGUUUCUUUAUUUGAGAAUAAUGUAAAUCCAGAUGCGUCCUUCCCACAUAUAAGUGUUUUGAAGCUUUACGGAAUGUGGAAGUUGAUGUAUCUAGGCAACGAGAAUUUCCCAGGGGCAGGCCCAGUUUUUCCAAACUUGGAAGUUCUACGAGUGAUGGAAUGUCCAGAAUUGAAGGAGAUAGGGUCAUCUGCUAUUCCCUUCCAGAAUUUAACAACUUUGGAAGUAUAUGGAUGUCACAGCUUGAAAUAUUUAGCAACAUAUACGAUAGCCAAAACUUUAAAGCGGCUAAGAAAAAUGACGGUUUGGCGUUGUGAAAGAAUGACAGAAAUAGGGGCAACGACAUCAGAUGGAGAUGAUGCAGGAAAUGACGGUGAGAUUUCUUUUUGCCAGUUGCAAAGUUUGGACCUUUGCCGUCUACCAAGUCUGCAAGAUUUCUUCUCUGGAAAUUGCAUUGUCAAAUUCCCAUCCUUGAAAACUGUAAAUAUAUAUGAAUGCCCUAAGUUGAAGAUCAACAGCUCUGAGUGGAAGAGUUCCCCAGAACUACAAGGAGUGCAUUUAACAGAGAAUGAACCAGAAUCUUAUUGGUGGCGUUUGUGAUGGUUUUUACUGUAAAUAUAUAUGAAUGCCCUAAGUUGAUGAUUUUUACUGUAGUGUUGGUGAUGGUGAUGAUGUUAAUGAUGACGGAAGCUAUGAUGAUUCUGACAAAAAGAGCGAAGGUGGUGGUCGUGGUGGUAGUCAUGGCAAAACUACACAACAUAUAUAAAGAAUUAACAACUUUGCUGCAUAGUUAGUUCUCUUGUUAACAUGUUUGUUAUUUCUGUGUGUAAUGGCUUUGGGUUUUAAUGAAGACAAUUUUCUGCCCAUUUUAAA